CUCUCUCUCUCUUUCUUCUUCUUCCUCGAAUCUUUUUCUCUUUCUUUAUUCUUUCUUUCUUCUAUUCUUCUGUUACUCAUGUUGCUACUCUGUGAUUGAAGGAGUUGCUGGUCUGAGCUCCACCGUCAGGUCUUGAGAAUCCUAUGAGACCAAUUCUUGACACUGUUCUAGACAUAUUUUGGGAAUUCUUGAAAUUAAAUGAAAGCGCCAUAACUUGAUUGCCUAUGCGCCGUAUGUGUUCUAAAGCGCCGUAGAAGAGAGCGUGAGGAGAAUGCUGGACUUGCUAGCGGUAAGAUUGGAGGCGCUGAUAACAAACAUGCUCAUGAGUUGAAGCAAGAGAAUUGGUUUGUGAGGUCAGCACAUUAGUGAAGAAAGAAGAGGAUAAGUCUCAUCCCAAUAACUGUUUCUGGGAUUUUUGCCUUUGAGCAAGAAGCAGCUGUCAUGGUUUUCUUUGAUUUUGUCUUGUAAAUAAUUUUCCAAACGUAAUAAGGUUGGCACCGUCUUGGUUCCCUUUGUAGUAUUCUUCUCUUUGCUUAUUUGUUACAAAAAGAAUAAUAUUAAAAUAUCAUGUUGUGAAGUGAAAAUAAUAAUAAUAAUAAUACUUGUUUGUUCUCUCUCUCUCUCUCUCUCACACACACACACACUUUUGAAGGGAUGUUCACUUAUAGAAAGUCCAGGAGAUGAAGAUUCAUCAUCAAAUAUGAGCGAAUCAAUAGAUCCAGAUGCAGAUGCUGAGGUGGAAGAAAAGGGACGGGUGAAAAUAGGGGAUAGUGAGCAUCUGUAGAGCCCUGUUAAGGAGAAGCAAGAGGAGGCAGAGGAAGACGAUGAUGAAGAGGAAGAGGAGGAGAAUGAGAUAGAGAUUCAAAAGAAAGGGAAGGUUGAAAUGUCAGAGCAAUCAGAGUUUGCUGAUAGAUCAGGAGAGAAGCCUAGUCAACAAUCUCAGCCUGGACUAGCAGCGAAUGCAGGUGCAGUGGACCAAGUGCAUAUCGAGAAGGGACAUGCAAUAGGGCAACAUGAGGAAGAAACUCAAAAAGUUCAGCAAAAUAAGAAUAAGGAAUCACAAGAAGGAGAGCAGAAGGCUAUAAUGUUUGAGAAGUUCCAUUCUGAAAAUCCUUUGCUUCUAAAUGUGUGCAGAACUCUCUUCCCUGACAACCAUAAAUAUGUCUGGAGUGGACCUCGCGUACUGGUUCAGUGUGAAGGUUCCCGUCGUAGAAGUUGUAUUGAUGCUGCUAUUGAAAUUUUGAUGAAGUAGGUGCGUUUUGAUUACUUCAGAUUGCCCCUACAAAGGAUCUGAAUCAAUCUUAUGCUUCGCCUAGAUCAAAUAUAAGGCAUGUUUGACAUAAAUGCUUGCAUACAAAUGGAAUGUCUGGUAGUUGGUGGCUCUUUCUCGGCUGAGAAUGGUAAUUUGCUUUGGUAUGGUCUUGAUUUACAAUCCCUAGUCAGCAUUUGUUGUGACCUUUUGGGUAUGUGGGAAGAUACACUGGUAUUUCUUGUUGUGAAUACACUUGGUAACUGUAAUGAUUUAAUAUUGAGCUAAGAUUUUUUAGUGUGUUAUUGCAGGAAACAAUCACUUGUAAAACUGUAAAUAGUUGAUCCUUUUUAUUUCCACACAUCUAUUUCUUUUCAUUUCUAAA